AUGGAGGGAGUGUGUAAUCUUUCCAGCUCAUUCCAGGAGAACCUCAAGACUAUGGGCUACCAACAUGAAGAGCGGACUACAGAAACACCGGAAGGGCGCACAUGCAAUCCAAUACCCGAUCAAGAACGAUUUCUUCCCAUAGCCAAUGUUGCUCGUGUCAUGAAGCGAAUGAUACCAAGUAGUGGGAAAAUAGCGAAGGAUGCUAAGGAAUGUGUUCAAGAAUGCGUUUCUGAAUUCAUAUCGUUCAUCACUAGUGAAGCUAAUGAUAAGUGUAUGAGUGAGAAGAGGAAGACGAUAAGUGCUGAUGAUCUUCUGGAAGCGAUAAACAAUAUGGGCUUCGACAACUAUGUGGCUCCCCUUCAACUGUUUCUGGAGAGGUACCGAGCUGCUCAUAAGUUGAGUUCGGCGUUCAACAAUUCAAUUACAACUUCAAGGACCUUUGGUGCAAAUUCGAGUUCCACGGGGAUUCACAAUGGUACAUAUGAAAGUGGGACGUCUUCAAACAUGACUGCUAGUCGAGAUUAUUCAUCUCGACCUAUCCUCAUGACGGCAUCACACCCUAUUUCGUCGUCCGCAGCAAGCACCCACACUUACCAAGCGACGACAUCUUCUCAUGGAUCACCCGAUAUUGCACCGGUAUACUUGCUGGAUUGCUUAUAUGUACCUCUUAUGACGAAAUUUUCAACAUUGUUUCAGAGCACAUCCUCAUCUAAUGGAGCUCCAGUUGUACUUGCCGGUGGACUGGCGGGAAUGUCGGUGACAGCGCUACAGCAGCAACCUAUGCAGAUCUACAUCGAUCCAGCAAGCAAACAGCAUUACAUGGCCAUUGAAACUGAUCAAGGAAUGCAGCUAUACCCUAUUCAAAUACAGACCGAUGGUCCUGUAGCGUACUCCUUUGCUCCUGAGGUUUCCACAGCUGUAGCUUCUACUGCUGGCUCUGGUAAUCAGACGUUCAUAAUGAUGGCUACGGCAGAUGUGGAUGAUCCGCACACUAGUACAAUAACUGGUCAGCCUUCAGCACGAGGGCAGACGACAACAACGAACCCUUCGUGUGCUCGUCAAGCACCGAGGACUCACAGCCAUAGCGACUUCAGCGUCCGCAACCAACCUCACCAGCCUCGACCCACAGUGACAGCAGGCUUUGUUAGCCACGCUACACACAGUGAAGUGAAUGCUCAAGCUCGACAGAUUUCUCAGAAGCGUCACACACCACCUGGCAGCAAAGGAAGUGGAGGAAAGGUCAUAGCACCGCCGAAACGAGUCCGUCAUAGUUGA